GUUUCUGCUUCUCUUCUUCUUCCCCGACAAGCCCCCCGAGCUGCCGAUAGUUCCCCUUGAGAAACUUGGCAAAAGCUCGCUAUUUUUCUCUUAUUUUCUUGUUAAAGAACUGAUUUUAGGAUGUAGAACACUCUCCUAAACCCAGAAUUUUCCAGAUCUGCGUUGCUCUGCGUCUUCCUCCCCUGCUGUCCGCGAGUUUCUGCUGUGUGGGGUGCGAUUUCUGGACUUUUUCGGGUAAGGAAACAGCCAUGAAUUCCUCUUUUCAUCCUUAAAUUGGCUGGGGUUCACUUUAAUUUCCUUUGUUUCCUUCAAUUGCCGGUAGUUCUUCUCCAAAAACCCACCGGUUUCCUCACCCAUCAACUCCGGUUCUGCUGUUGCCGGAAAUUUCUGGUAUGAUGGCCACUUCUUUAAGUUCGAAAUUAGCAAUUAAUUACUGCCCUAAAUCUUCGAAUUUCCUGCUUUGAUUUGUCCAUGUACUGUUCGGAUUUUCUGCUGAAAGAGGGAAGAAUUUAGCAGCAUUUUAAAUGUGUUUUUGUGCUUGGGUUAUGUAGGAAUUUUGUUAAUUAGGCUGCUAUGAUGUUUUGGAGAGAAAAUCCCGUGUGUGUGAGUUGUGGUUUGCCAAAGCCAUGCUCUCCAUGUGUUGCCCGUGAGAAAUGGGAAAAUUUUGGUAGCUUAAGCUAUGUUUUUAAGCUUGUCAUGAUUACUGACACCCACCAGUGGGAGCUGCAAACGCUAGCACAUGUCGACAUGUAUUUCUAUAGAACUGAUUCACCCUGUCAAUGGGAUUAAACAUUGGUCAUUACUGACGCCUGCUAGUGGGAGUUGUUAAACACUGGUACCAUUACUGACGUCUGCCAGUGGGAGUUUGUUAAACACUAGUACUUCUGUAACCUUGCCAAUGGAGUUAAACAUUGGUUAUUACUGACGCUUGUCAGUGGGAGUUUGUUAAACACUGGUACUAUUACUGACUAUUACUGAUGCCUACCAGUGGGAGUUUGUUAAACAUUGGUACCAUUACUGACGCCUGCUACUGGGAGUUUGUUAAACACUGGUCAUGACUUAUAGAUGAGACUACUGAUGAGUUUUAUUAUGCAUGGAUGGUUUAUCAUUGAAAGUUUUGUUAUGUUAAGCUGUUUAUCUAGCAUGCUAAAAUUUUUACUAAGGGUUAUCCAUAUUUUUACUUACUUAGAUAUUUUAUCUCAUAGUUUUCCUUAUCCACCAUUUCAGGAAGUGAAAUCGAGGAUGGGGAAACCAAGGGGAGUGACGAGGUAGAAGGCUAGCCAUUCUAAUUGGAUAUAAGUUUUAGAUUUUAUCAUCCUUUGUAAGGUAGAUUUUAUUCUUGAGAUGUGAUUUGAAUAAGUUCUGAGUUUUGUGUACUUGUGGGACCUGUCUUACGAGUGCACGGCGUCUGUCACGUCGUCGGAUUUAGGUUCUGAGGCGUGACAUUAAAUGUUUAAGUAGGAAAGAUUAUAACAUCUUGAAUUUUACUUUAAUGAAAAAGUGUGAUUUUA